AUGAGUCUAAACAUGAAAGUUUCAACAGACAGGAACGCUGACUCCGAGAAUUUGGAUGGUGGAAGAGCCAAGUUAUCUAAUUCUUGCAAGAUGUGUCAAAGACGUAGAAUAAAAUGUGAUCGUAAGGUGCCAAUUUGCAGUUCAUGCAAGAAAAGAGGAGAGACUAACUUAUGUGAGUACGAAUCUAGCCAGUGGCAGGAAAAUGCUAUUUUAGAACCUGGUAAUGCACGAUUGAGAAAAGAGGUUGGAAUCUUGACUUGUAAAAUAAAAUCCUUAGAAAAGACGAUCAGUACCCAACGCAGAACUAUAGAUAUUAUGAAAAAAAAUUCACGAAAGGAAAAUUCCGAAUCUAAUAUUCAACAAGAGGAUAAGAAUCAUGUUUUUAGAGUCGAUAUGGUUAAUUUUCAUAACAUCGUAUUAAAAAACUUGAGAUUGACAUAUUUUGGGCCUACAACUUACAUUGGUCUUUUCAUGAAUGACAAAUACGGACAAAAAAUCCUUAACAAAUAUUCCGAAUUACAGAGAGCCAAAUUCUCUGACUUAAAAAAAAAAAUUCAAGCAGCACCAACUUCAAACUCGUAUCCUUCAGGGCCAGUUAUCGAAGAUAUCUCGCGAAUUUCUAACUCUCUAUCAUUAAGUAUCCCACGGUUACCACUUAAAGAAUCGUCGAUACGUCUAAUUGAGAGGUUUUUUCAAUACUGUUAUCCUUUUGUCUGUUUUCUCAAUAAAGAUGAGUUUAUUGAGAAUAUUAGUCUUUUAUGGGAGCUGGGAAGUCUUCAUGAACAGAUCCAACACUCAAAGAAUUAUGAAAUUAUUGCAUCUUUGCUAAUUGUACUCAGAUUCUCCACUUUGACAUUUCCGUCUGACUGCGACUAUAAAGAAUUUGUAAAAUUCGAGGAUGGGGAGGAAAAAGAAAUUACUCCCUCUUAUAUUGAGUAUGCAUCGACGUUGCUUUUGUCUCCUACAGUAUCCGGAAGAAUAAAUCUUCGCACCAUCGAAGCAUUAUUGCUCCUACGCGUUUAUAAGUCAAUGUGUCCAGAAGAUGACACUGAAGCAACAGAUAAUACAAUCUUACUCACUCAUGCCAUUAAUAUGUCUAUUCAUCAUGGUCUUCCUUUAGCUUUCAAGUAUGAAUCAGAUCAAUUAAUCUGGAAAAGUGAAAAAGAUACUCAAAUAAAGAUCUGGUUACAGCUCUUGUAUGAUGAUGCUUCCAACUCAUUUAAUUUUGGGUUGCAACCUUCUAUUUCUAACUUUCAUAGUGAAGGUUUAGUAAGCUAUCUAGCUGAUAAUGAGAUAGUGUUAAUGAACAACGAUUUUGUCCUGAAACAGAUAAGGGUAAAAUCUUUGGCUGCAUAUCUAUUAAGGAAAAUCACGUUAUUUCUAAAUGGGGGUAAAGGAGAAAUUCAAAUAUCCGAUUUAGAAGAUGUGUUAGACAGUUUUGAGAACUUAUUAAAUGAAAAGUUAUUAACCUUCUCGCAAUUAAUAAGCAUGAAUGAGGUCCAAAGUGGCUAUAGGGUUCUGGAGUUCAUUCUAAGGAUCGAAAUAUAUUCUAAGCUAUUUAUAUUGUAUUAUUGCCUAUUCUUAAUUUGGGAUAAAGAUUUGAGUUUGAGGUAUUCAAAAAGUAUAUUUUUAAAUUUGUUACUUGAAAAAGGUUUGAUUUUGUCCCGUUUGGGUCUAGACUUCGCAGCGAGAACAACCUCGGUUUUCGGAGCUGAAUAUGAUAAAAUUAUAGGCGCUAGUAUCUUGUCUCCUUUAACGAAAGUAGUGCCAACUUUGAUAUGCUUUUUAUGUCGCUCGUUUGAUGGAAAUUUUAAUUUUACAAGCGAGUGUAAGAAAUUUAAGUCAUCUGAUUCAUUUGGCUUAGGUUCUUGGGCCGGGUUAGAUUUUACAAAUAAUGUAAUGUCACUAAAAAAUACUAUUGAGAAAUACAAGCUAUUAUAUCUGCUGUGUAUUCAACUUUACGAAGAAUUUUUCAUAGCAUUUAAGGUGGGGAUAUGUCUUCAAUUUAGCUUGGACUUUGUUCAAAAUUCUUAUUAUGAAUUAUUGAUAAACAAUUCUAUACUCGGAGUCACUGGUAUUGAUAACUUUGCAAACGAUUUCGAAUUUCCCAAUCUCGAAAAUCUUCCUGAUUUCAAUAGUAAUGAUGAUCUAAAUCAUGACUUUGAUUACAAUCUAUUCUUAUCAUUUUUAAAGGAAGACUGA